AUGGAUGCUACUGGCCUUAAGGAUGGAAGGUUUGUCACCGUGGAAGAGCAGGUUGCAAUGUUCUUGGCUAUAUUGUCCCAUCACAAGAAAACUCGCAUUGUGGGCUUCAAUUUCACACUUUCAUCGCAGACUGUGGGUCGAUAUUUACACGCGGUGUUGUAUGGUGUUCUCAAUCUUCAUGACAGAUUGUUGGUUAAACCCGAGCCAGUUGACGAAAGCUGCACGGACACACGGUGGAAGUGGUUCGAGGGCUGUCUUGGGGCCUUAGAUGGUACCCACAUAAAUGUACGUGUCUCAAAAUCGGAUGCUCCAAGAUAUCGCAAUAGAAAAGGGCAAAUAUCAACGAACACCCUAGCUGUGUGUGAUCGCUACCUUCGCUUUGUUUAUGUCCUUCCUGGAUGGGAAGGCUCGGCCGGGGGCUCGAGGAUAUUGCGAGACGCAAUAAGUAGGCCACUCGGCCUGAAAGUGCCAAAGGGACAAUAUUAUCUCUGUGACAAUGGUUACGCAAAUAGUGAAGGCUUCAUAACACCUUACAAAGGGGUUCGUUACCAUCUCAAAGAAUGGGGUCCCUCAUGCCAAGCUCCUCAGACGCCAGUUGAAAUAUUCAAUUUGCGACACACUAAGGCGAGGAACAUCAUCGAGCGAGCAUUUGCAGUCAUAAAAAUGCAAUGGGGAAUACUUCGCAGUGCAUGUUUCUACCCUAUUGACAUGCAAACACAACUUAUCAAUGCUUGCUUCUUGCUCCAUAAUUUCAUUCACGGCGAAAUGGAGGUCGACCCUGUUGAGGAGCGUCUAGCUUACGAUAGUGCCGACGGCGAUGGCAAUGGCAAUGACAACGACGAGGAUGCAGUGAUGUACGUAGGGCACAUUGAACCGAAAAAUGCUUGGACGAAGAAAAGAGAUGAUAUGGCUGCUGCAAUGUGGGCCGAUUUUCACAUAUAA